AUGGAGAUACCUGCAAAACUCAUGUUAACCAUCGUGGUGAUAUCCGUGCUGGUCGCUUGCAGUCCCACGGAGGCAUGGUACAGGCAGGUGUCCGGUCCAAUCUACUCCCCCGUGGGCAGGGCGUCUGGCUUGCUGUCCGGUAUCCAGUACGUCAGAAGAGCCGAGUCGGACCCACCCAACAGCGUGUUGCCUGAGAUAACUCCGCAGAGUUUCCUCCUGAAAUCGAUGCAUAUUUGUAUCAAAGACAUAACACCAGAUCUGCAGAGCUGUGAACUCUUCCAGGAAAUCAAGGGUUCAUUUAAGUGCAAAGCAGACGUAUUCCUUUCUGUGGACCCUUCAGACUGUGCAGGAGACUGAGCAGCAAAGACGACAGCUGCACUCGAUGAUGAUGACGCCUACUUCUUGGAGGCUUGGCAUUUAAAAACUGUUAACUUAUUUAACUUCAAGCUGAACACAG